GGCUUUAGGACCCAGCAGCAUGGGGGCUUCCUUGCCGUUGUGAUGAUCUGCAGGCAGACGUGCGGGGAGGAACGCGCAUCUCCGGUGCUGAAGCAGAAGGCUGGAGGAAGGGCAGGACAGCAUCACCCGGGGGUCGUAAAUUAACUGAUGGAGCCACUGGCUGUGUCCUCACUGUCCCACCAGCAGCUGAGCAUCUAAGCAGCUAAGCCCACCCCUCCUCCACGCCAAAAUAAAAAUGGAUAUAUAAUUUGGAUUUACAUACAAUACAUGAAAAUAUCAGGGUCUUCUCCAUUUGCCUUCUUUAAGAUACAGCCCUAAAGAACUAUGGGAGGUGUUGCAUUGGAUGUGGGUGAUUCCAGGGUGAAGGCUCCAGACGGAGGAUGGGGCUGGGCAGUGCUGGCCGGCUGUUUUGUCAUCACAGGCUUCUCCUAUGCUUUCCCGAAAGCGGUCAGCGUAUUUUUCAAAGAGCUGAUCAGGGAGUUUGGUGUUGGAUACAGCGACACUGCAUGGAUCUCCUCCAUACUGCUGGCCAUGCUCUAUGGCACAGGUCCCCUGUGCAGCGUGCUGGUGAACCGCUUCGGCUGUCGUCCAGUCAUGAUGGUGGGGGGCCUCUUUGCCUCUCUGGGAAUGAUUCUGGCCUCCUUUGCCACAAGUAUCAUCCACAUCUACCUCACUGCUGGAGUCAUUACAGGUCUUGGAUUAGCCCUGAACUUCCAACCUUCUCUGAUUAUGUUGAACCGCUACUUCAGCGAGAAGCGUCCUCUGGCCAAUGGUCUCUCAGCAGCAGGAAGCCCCGUGGCCCUUUGCUGCCUCUCGCCACUGGGACAGGUCCUUCAGUAUCAGUAUGGAUGGAGGGGAGGAUUUCUUAUCCUCGGUGGUAUCCUGCUUAACUGCUGUGUGUGCGGGGCCCUCAUGAAGCCUCUGGUGGCCCCAAAGAACCUCAAGGCCAAGAGCUUAGAAGAGGACAACGACAAGGAGGAAGAGGGGAAAGAGGAGAAGAAGAAGCCAAAAGCCAAACUUCUGGACUUCUCCGUGUUUAAAGAUGGUGGCUUUGUCAUCUAUACUGUGGCGGCAUCCAUCAUGGUGCUGGGACUGUUUGUGCCUCCUGUGUUUGUUGUUAGUUAUGCUAAGGAGCUGGGAAAUGAAGACACCAAAUCUGCUUUACUGCUUACUAUCCUGGGAUUCAUUGAUAUUUUUGCACGGCCAACGUGCGGUAUAAUUGCUGGACUCAAAUGGGUCCGUCCUCGCUGCGUCUACCUCUUCAGCUUUGCUAUGCUCUUCAAUGGAGUCACUGACCUGAUUGGCUCACAGGCCAAAGACUAUGCAUCUCUGGUGGUAUUCUGUGUCUUUUUUGGCAUCUCCUAUGGCAUGGUGGGUGCCCUACAGUUUGAGGUUCUCAUGGCAAUUGUCGGUACUGAGAAGUUCUCCAGUGCCAUUGGCCUUGUGCUUCUCAUGGAGGCCAUUGCUGUGCUGGUGGGGCCACCGGGCGCAGGCCGACUGCUUGAUGCCACCAAGAAAUACAUGUAUGUCUUCCUGCUGGCAGGAAGCGAGGUGGUCCUCUCCGCUGUGGUUCUAGCUACCUGCAACUUCUUCUUUAUCAAAAGGAAGCCCCAGGAUCCAUCUCACAAACUUGAGUGCAUCACAGUCACAGAUGACACCAAGACAGAAGUAUGCAGCAGGCCUUCGGAGGUAAAUGAUGAAGAGGAGAAGGGAGAGAGAGAGGAGCAAGAGAAGGAAACAAAGAGGGAGGCAUCGAAGGAGUUGAAGGAGGAGGAGGAAAAAGACAAAGAAAAAGUAGACGAGGUCAGGCCAAAGAGCGUAACAGUGGACUCACAGGAAGUGGAAAAGUUCUUGAAAGAGCCCCAACUAAAUGGUGGCGUGACCCCCAGUCCUGAAACAUGCCUGUGAAAAUGGGUAGAAGACGACGGACGGGAUUGUUUUCCACACAGCUCAGUGAUGUGAAUGGGACCACACCGUACUGGAUAGUUAUGCUUUCCCCAUGAUGUAGUGUUUAACCCAGGUGUUUGUGUCUGAUAUGGCUGAUUAAAGUCACUGCCGUAUCAAAUACCAAUAGUUCUGUGAGCAAUAUUUUAUCUCUAGAUGUUUUUAGUGUGGUUAGCUGUCACAACACUGCCUUGUCUAUACAGUUCAUGUUAAAAGCCACCAGCAAAUAAAGUUGAGGGAUAAUUUGAAAGAAUAUUCUGUGUUUUUACUUGAAAAAAAAAAACACAUGAGAAAUUCAGUAAAUGUUGUAUAAACGGUUGUUUCAGCUUGUUUUAAAGGGUCAGGAAAGCUUUAUGUAAUAAUGGUUGUGUAAUGACCAAAAGCUCUUCUCCACCCGAUGUCCAAAGCUGAAAACGAUCCUCCCACCUGAUCUGUGUCGUCACCAUCGAGAUUGAUAAAACUAUAUUUUGUAGGACAAACUUUCUAAAGGUUGCUCCCAGUAAAGUGGUAGCUGUGUGUGGAUUAGAAGCAGGCUCCAAAUAUUGUUUGCAGCUUCACUGUGGUGUUAGGAUUAGUUAAAAGUGUGAUGUUUUAAAGAAGGAAGCAGUCGGUUCAGUCUGAAGUGCUUUUGGUUGAAGGUACCAGUCUCUCUUACCCUCCUCUACUAUCAUGCUCCAGAUGUUUUCAAUGCGCUGUAGUACAUGUGUUUGACUGUGGGUAUCUGUUGUUGGGUUUAAUGUGCUGAUUGUGUUGUUUAUCCCCCAAAAGCACCGAGUUACACUACAAAGCAAAUUAUAAAGGAUAAAGACGCAGUAUGUUUGUAUGGACCAAAGGACAGGCUGACUAUAUGUGUGUCCCUUAUAGAUUGAAACAGGUGUGGUUAAAGCAUUGAUUUACUGAUGACUAUAAAGCUUUUUCCUCAUGUUGCCUACAUGCUUUGUACUGCCUGUACUGUUUGUGUUUCAGUGAAACAGAACAUUAAAGGGAUUGUUUUGGC